GGUCACGACGAGUCACGUGAGCGAGGCUUCUUUUUCUCAAGGCCCAAGCGAGGAUCAAACCAUUUGGGACAUUUGUAGGGGGGAGCGGGUCAAACCAUUACGCCACAGCAUUGCGGAGGAAAGAGAAGCAUGUGGCCCUUGGAUCAUGCCCGAUAAGCACAGCUUUCUCCCAUCCAAAAACCCGUAUCUUAUAAAUCAUUGUUAGCCUGAGGUUAGUUAUAAUAAGUUCUGGACCAUCCUCAGCAUGAUGACAACCAUCAGGAGGACUCUCAGGCUCUUGCAAGGAGAGGCCCUCUGGGCAUUCCUUCCCAGGCCUUGCCGUCUUCACACAUCCGCGUGCCAACCCAACUCCAACCGGACAUCCAUCGCUUGCGUUUCAAGGCAGAAGUACGGCCGGAUGUAUCCGGUUCUGCUGGUCAGACCUGACGGCUCCACCAUCCACAUCCGGUACAAAGAACCCAGGCGGAUCCUAUCGAUACCAAUCGACAUCAAUACUCUCCCCGAAGCCGAAAGGAGAGCCCGGUUGCGGAAACGGGAUGGCGUCAAGCUUAAACCCAAAGAGGAGGCGACUUUUGAUGACGACUUUAAGUUGGAUGAUUAUAGAAAGUUUUGGAAGAAAAAAUGAGAUCUUUGUGAUAUUUCUUGAAAAGUAAAUUUCUUUUAGCAAAAAACGCUGUUGUAAAAAUCCAGGAAGGUAAAGGCAAACCUUAAAUAAAGAAUUUACCUAUCAUCUUUU